AUGGAGAAGUACUCUCAAUUCCGCGAUCGAGGAUCUGGAAUAGCCCCUUUCUUUCCCGUCUCCUCGACACACACAGGAAUCUACUUCCCCGUCUAUGUGUUCCUGUUCCUCUUCAAGCUACCGUUCUUUAUUACCAUUACGACUACCUACUUCGUCUUCCUGCAGUGGUUUCCUCUGGGAUCACUUUUCAAGAAAGCAAUACUAUGGAUGAUACUGGGCAUACCGGGAAUAUGGUGGAUUGAUCUUCAAAUCGACGGAGUGAAGAAAGGCUCUCUGGCGAAGAAGCAUCAAGGACGGGUACCUCAACCUGCAGAUAUUAUCGCAUCCUCCUUCACCUCACCGAUCGACUCUCUAUACCUGGCUGCGAUCUUUGAUCCAAUAUUCACCGUAUCAUACCCUCAUACUAGACAAGUUCAGUAUAUCUCGCUCUUUGGCGCAAUACUCAGAGCCCUGUCGCAACCCCAAGAAUAUCCACCAAAGGGAGCGAAGAUGACAGAUCUGAAGACUUUGGUCGCUGAGCACCCGAAGAGAGUGAUUGUGGUCUUCCCAGAGUGCACAACGACAAAUGGAAAGGGGAUUCUUCCAUUUAGUCCCAGUCUUUUGUUAGCACCUCCAACGACCAAGAUCUUCCCAAUAAGUCUGCGAUAUUCCCCUCCAGAUAUCACAACGCCCAUACCGAGGCAGUACUGGGCGUUCAUUUGGAACUUGCUUUCACAGCCGACUCAUUGCAUUCGGGUUCGCAUUGCGGAGGUUGUGUACAACACUUCGAAGCCUACAGAUGCAGCUGCUGAAAAAAGAGAUCGGUACUUGACAAAUUUCUUGGACACGCUAGGAGAAGACUCCGCAAUGACAAGCAGCACGGAUACAUUAAUUAGCCUCGGUGAUCAAGCUCCAGAAGUCAACCAGGACGAGCGGAGAGUGCUAGAUAAAGUUGGAGAGGCAUUAGCGCGGUUAGGGCGAGUUAAGAGAGUAGGCUUGACUUUGAAAGACAAAGUAGCCUUUGUGGAUGCUUGGUCCAAAAGAAGGAGGUAG